UGUGUGUGUCCUGUUGUCUCUCUCUGUUUUGUAGUCUUCUUCUGCUUGCUGAGUGAUCUCCAUGGGCCAACAUGUCGUGCGUUAAUCACGCCAGAAAGGUGGUGGAACAGCUACGCGUAGAAUCAGGAAUCGAGCGCAUCAAGGUGUCCAAGGCGGCGGCUGACCUCAUGCACUACUGUGAGCUGCACGGCCGUUCGGACCCCCUACUAGUGGGUACGCAAAGAACCCCAGAGAACCCUUUCAGAGACAAGAAGCCCUGCAGCAUCCUCUAGCCUCC